ACAACCCUGUGCAGUAACGACAUUUCCAUAGACUUUAGUUUCUAAUCAUUUCAAAUUCAAAUCAGUUUUGGCGAAAAUGCGUAUUACUCUGUCCCGGUUGGCCAGUUUUACUCCAAAACUGAAGGAGCUGCGGAUCAUACUGGAUCCAAAAGGGGCAGCCUCCAAGGGAGCAAGGGAAUAUGUGGAAAGAUUCUAUCCCAACCUAAAGAAAAACAAUCCCGAUCUACCGAUCCUGGUGCGCGAAUGCUCCGGCGUCCAGCCGCGACUCACCGCCCGCUAUGUCAACGGCAAAGAGGUCUCCCUAUCGCUGGCCAACCAGGAAGCUCCCGACAUACACAAAAACCUGGAGGCAGUUGGGAAGUAGAUCUUACGCUUAGAAAACUAUUAUUUUAGGCGGCAAUAAAUACGUAUAUUCACAA